AUGGCUACGAUACUAGCCACCGGAAAAGAAGCAUUGGAGAACUACUUGGCCAUGACCAUGAGCACUCUGUUUCCUGAUUGCGGAUAUCAUCUUCAUACUUUGAUGCUACGCUCUUUGGGACUUCCGUACAUCAGUAAUCCUUCUACCCUCUCUGUUGCUGAUAUGCGCCACUUGUGGGUCACCAGAGGGUCCCUCUCCGAGGAUUUACGAGAUGUACUGACGUAUACAAUAGCACUCGGCUAUUGCAGCAUUUUCGCCUGUGGAUCGAUCGGACUGGCGGCCUUUCCGUUUAUCAAUCUUACCUUCUCACUCGCAUUGAUUUCUUCACUGGUGACAAAUUUUUUACUUGUCACCCUCUCUGGUCCAUGA